UGAUGAUCUUGAUUUUGAACUGUUUGUGAGUCGGAGGAAAAAAAAGCAAAGCAACUCUGGUCCAUACUGAACUGGAUCACUAUCUUCUUGAGGAACUGAUUCCUAAAAGGUCUCCUGACUUUGAUAUACUGAUGUGGUGGAAACUGAAUGGCCUUAAGUACCCCACUUUGCAAGCAAUUGCAAGGGAUUUUUUGGCCAUACCAAUUACAUCAGUGGCUUCUGAAUCUGCUUUUAGCUCUGGUGGGAGGUUAAUAGACCCUCAUCGGAGUAGAUUGCACUAUGAUACAAUAGAGGCAAUGAUGUGUACCAGAAGUUGGAUUAUGGAGGAAAUGCAACAAGGUAAUCUGCAAUUACUUGUCUUUUUCAUUAAAAUGUUAACUUGAUUGAAUAUUAAUUGUCUUUUUCAUUGUUUUCUUCAAUCUGCAGAAUCAUCGAAGGCUGCUGUAGAGGCAAUGGAAGGGAUGUUCUCUGCUCUAGCAAUUUCAGAUUCCAGUACUGAAGAUCAAGACGAAGCUGUUCAGGGGGGACUUGUGAUGAGGAAGCAUCUAAUAUCCCUAGACGACUGAUUUGUUCAAAGCAAUGAAAGGUUCAAGUGAUUGCUUUUCAUUUUUCAAGGAUGAAUGCUGCUGU